CUACAGCCGGUCCACAACAUGGGCUCCAGUGGUUACAGUAGCCAUGGCAGCAACAGUUCCCACGGGAAUGGGAAAACCAUUGAGAACAGGAAUGUGGUUGAUGAACCAGGAAAAUCUAAGCCGAGGACAUUCCAGGAGAUCUGUAAAAGGGUCCACAUGUUGAAGAGUCAGGACCAGCCGGUCUACUUUCCCUCUCCCUCCAAACCUGAAUCUAGGGAAACCACAGACAGAGCACAGCAGCAUAAGAGUCCUGUGGCGUUCCUGAAGGACUCAGCGGUGCCCCCUCUGCUUGUCAAGGACAGUACUGCUAUUGCUGCUGCCAGUGUGGAAGAGCUCACCUGUAAUGACCAGACUGUCUACUCCUACCAGCAGAUCAGCUGUCUGGACAGUGUCAUCAGGUAUCUGGAGAGCUGUAUCACCCCCGUCACGGUGAAAAGGAAGUACCAGUUCUCCUCCUACACCGCAUUCUCCAUGCAUGCUUCAAGGCUGUGA